GCCCGAAUGCUCUCUCUCUGUUUGGCGUUUUCGCAGUCCACUCCUGAGGAGCUAAUCAAUUCCCCACGUGAUUCGUCUUUUCCCGACGCAAGGAGCGGAGUACGUCCGUACCAAGAGUGAGUGGCAACGGUGCCGACCAAGAUGGAACCGGAAUUGGUGGAUAUUGUCAUUGUGGGGGCCGGACUCAGCGGCAUCAACGCGGCGUACCGGGUGCAGACCCUGCUGCCGCACCACAGCUAUGCCAUCCUCGAGGCCCGGGCCGAGAUCGGGGGGACCUGGGCCUUUUGGAAGUACCCGGGCAUCCGGACCGACAGCUCCAUGGGCUUGUUCGGCUUCCCCUGGCGGCCCUGGCCCCACGAGGUGAGCAUGGCGCCCGGGCCGGCCAUCAAGUCGUACAUGGAGGAGUGCGCGGCUGCCGAGGGCAUCGACAAGAAGAUCCGCCUCGGCCACCGCGUCAUCGCCAUGGCCUGGAGCAGCGACGAGCAGUGCUGGACGCUGCAGGUUGAGGUCCGGCACGGUGACGGUGACGGCGGCGGCGGCGGCAGCAAUAACAGCGGCGCCGGGGAGAAAAAGGUGAUCAAGGCGUGGUGGGUCAUCGGCGCCAGCGGCUACUACAGCUACGAGCGGCCGUUGCCCGCCGUGAUCCCGGGAAUCGAGAGGUUCGGCGGCCAGGUGGUGCACCCGCAGUUCUGGGACGAGAGCGUGGACUACGCGGGCAAGAAGGUGGUCAUAAUCGGGUCCGGCGCGACGGCGGUGACGCUGCUGCCCAACCUGGCCAAGACGGCCGCGAGCGUGACGAUGCUGCAGCGCACUCCUUCGUACGUCUUCGGCCUGCCGGGCGAGGACAAGAUGGUCAGCCGGCUUGCCCGCUUCAUGCCGCUCUCCUGGGCCCAGACUCUCCACUGGUGGCGCUCCAUGCUCCUCGAGACCGUCUUCACCUGGCUGCUCACCACCUUCCCCAACUGGGGCCGCCGCUUCAUCACCCAGGAGAUGCGGAAGCAACUACCGGCCCACGUCGACGUGGACAAGCACUUCAACCCGUGGUACAACCCGUUCGAGCAGCGGCUCUGCUUCUGCCCCAACAACGACUUCUUCAAGGCGCUGCACCGGCCCAACGCCCGCGUCGUCACCGACACCAUCGAGACCGUCACCGAGACGGGCAUCCGGCUGCGGUCCGGCGGCGCCGAGCUCGAGGCCGACAUGAUCGUCACGGCCACGGGCCUCUACUUCGAGCUGCUCUCGGGCGUCGACGUCACCGUCGACGGCGAGUCCGUCACCGCCUCCCUCGGCCGCCGCUACAUCUGGAACGGCACGAUGCUCGAGGGCGUGCCCAACGCGGGGCUCAUCACCGGCUACACCGCCGCCUCCUGGACCCCGGGCGCCGACGUCCGCAUCCGCCAGCUGAUCAAGGUGAUCCGCCACAUGGACCGCACCGGCGCCGCCGCCGCCGCGCCCUACGUCGACCCCCGCGAGCGCGCCUCCCUGCCCGUCCGGCCCGCCGUCGGCCUGAGCUCGACCUACAUGGUCUCGGCCCACGACCGCAUGCCCAAGGUCGCCGGCAAGGCCCCCUGGGUCAACGGGGCCAACUGGGCCACCGACGUGUGGCGCCUGUUCUGGAGCGACGUGAAGCAGGGGAUGAAGUACACCUUUAAAGGAGACAAGGAGAAGCGUGUCUAGGUAGGUAGGUAGGUAGGCGGGCGGCGGCUAAGGGCAGGUACCCUACCCUACCUAUCUAGGUCAUGGAUGAUGAUGAUGGAUGAUGAUGAUUGCGAGUGCAUGCGUGAUCCGAGGCGACACUGUGCCAUGGUAGUUUCGAAACAUCAGGACCUGCCUGGGAUGUAUGUAUACAUAAACGAGGGGCGGACGGAGACCAAAAGAAGAAAAUGUCAACUCCGAAGUCAAGGGACCUUGGGAGCCC